GAGUUUCUUUUUGGCAGUUCAUCUACUUACUGUCAAAUCCAAAUGGGACAAUGAAGCUUUACCAGUUUACCACCAUCUUCGGAGUCCUAAUGCUGUUCUUGGCCCAAAUUCCAUCCUUCCACUCCCUCAGGCAUUUCAAUCUUGUCUCUCUUUUCCUUGCUCUUGCUUACAGCGCUUGCGUUACCGCCGGUUCAAUAUACAUCGGACUUUCCAAGAACGCUCCCAACAGGGACUAUUCUGUAAAUGGCUCCGAAGUGAAUCGUGUUUUUGGUGCUGUUAAUGCUGCUUCAAUCAUUGUUACCACAUAUGCCUGUGGAAUUAUUCCUGAAAUACAGGCAACUAUAGCUCCUCCGGUCAAAGGAAAGAUGUUCAAAGGUUUAUGCGUCUGCUAUGCUGUUAUAUUCACAACUUUUUUCAGCGUUGCAAUCUCCGGGAAUUGGGCAUUUGGCAAUGAAGCUAUGGGGACAGUUCUUGCAAAUUUUAUGGGUAAUCAAAAGCCUUUGCUGCCAACUUGGUUUCUCUUGAUGACCAAUGUUUUCACUGUCAUCCAAAUAUCGGCUGUCACAGUGGUAUACUUGCAACCAACAAAUGAAGUGUUCGAAAAGUUAUUUGCAGACCCCAACGUGGAUCAGUUUUCCAUUCGUAACGUCGUACCUAGGUUGUUUUCCCGAUCGAUGUCAGUGAUCGUCGGUACACUUUUUGCGGCAAUGCUACCUAUCUUUGGAGAUAUAAUGGCAAUUUUGGGGGCAUUUGGUUUCAUUCCUCUGGAUCUAAUUUUCCCAAUAGUUUUCUACAAUGUGACCUUCAAGCCCUCAAAGCGUGGCCUUGUUUUUUGGGCCAACACAUUGAUUGCUGUAGCAGCCUCAGCGUUAUCCGCGGUGGGUGCAGUUGCAUCAGUUCGACAAACCGUUCUUGAUGCCAAAACAUAUCGUUUGUUUGCCAACAUAUAAAAAUAUAUUAUAUGUAAGCAGAUCUUUAGUACAAGAACCAGGAACAUGUACAAUAUUUCAACAAUGGAAUAUGAUUGGAGAAUGAAUAACAG